CAAGUAACAGUAAAUGUAUAGGUAUUUUCUACUUUUUUAUCGCUAAAAAUUUGCAAUAAUUGUUUUAAAUUUUUAAAAGAAAAACUAAUGGAGAUUAAAAAACAAAAUGAUAUUUAAACAAAUUGUAAUACUAUGUUUGGUUUUUAUGGUGGCCGUAUUAAAACCGGCUUCCGGCAAAAUAAAUGGCAAAACAAAUGUCAUCAUCGACGAUGUUAGUGAAUAUAAAGAUUUUAAAAAACUGUUGCGCACCAAAACAAAUGUAUUGGUGCUUUAUACCAGCAACACUAAACAGUCCUCAGAACAAAUACGUAUAUUUAAGGAGACCGCUGAGGCUAUCAAAGGUAGCGGCACCAUGGUGCUAAUGGACUGCACACAAACGGAUAAAAAGAAGUUGUGCAAAAAGCUAAAAGUUAAUCCAAAUCCUGUGGUUUUAAAACACUAUAAAGAUGGCGAUUUCCAUAAGGACUAUGAUCGCAAAAUGACUGCCUCGUCCAUGACUAAUUUUAUGCGAGAUCCGGCUGGAGAUUUACCUUGGGAAGAGGAUCCGAUUGGCAAAGAUGUGGUACACUUUACAGAUUAUGUUAGUUUCACCAAGCAUUUGAAAAAAGAUCUCAGGCCUAUGUUGAUUAUGUUCUAUGUGCCUUGGUGUGGUUUUUGCAAACGUUUGAAGCCAGAAUUUUCCAAGGCAGCCUCCGAACUGAAAAGUGAUGGCUACAUUAUGGCUGCCAUGGAUGUUGAGAGGCAUGCUAAUGCUUUGGCCAGGAGAACCUACAAUAUAACUGGUUUUCCCACCAUUAUCUACUUUGAAAAUGGCAAAAUGAAGCAGCUGUAUGAAAGUGACAGCAACAAAGAUGCCAUUAUGGCCUUCAUGAGAGAUCCUUAUUCGUUGCCAUUGAAAAAACCCAAAGAAACCGAUUGGUCUGCCGAUACAAAUUCCGAAAUUGUACAUUUGACCAAACAAAAUUUCGAACCUGCUUUAAAGGAUGAAAAAUCGGUAUUGGUAAUGUUCUAUGCCCCCUGGUGUGGUCACUGCAAACGCAUGAAACCCGAAUAUGAGAAAGCUGCUGAGGAAAUGAAACAAAAUCGGAUUUAUGGUGUUUUAGCAGCCCUUGAUGCCACUAAAGAACCUGGCAUAGCGGAAAAUUUUAAAGUCAGCGGCUAUCCCACCAUGAAAUAUUUUGUUAAUGGACAAUUUAAAUUUGAUGUCAAUGUUAGGGAUGCGGUAAAGAUAGUUGAAUUUAUGAAAGAUCCUAAAGAGCCACCACCGCCACCACCACCCGAGAAAUCCUGGGAAGAGGAAGAAGAUUCAGAGGUUUUGUUUCUAAAUGAUCAAAAUUUUGCCAGCACCUUGAAAAGGAAAAAACAUGCUUUAGUGAUGUUUUAUGCACCAUGGUGCGGCCAUUGUAAAAGUACCAAACCAGAAUUUAAUGCUGCCGCCAAAGCCUUAAAAGAUGAUCCACGCAUGAUUUUGGCAGCUGUAGAUUGUACUCGCGAUACAAAUGUUUGCUCACAACAAGAGAUUCGCGGCUAUCCCACCAUUAAAUACUUCUCAUACCUCAAAACGAAAGCGGGUUAUAAUGGUGGACGUAAACGUGAGGAUUUCAUUGCCUAUUUAAAUAAUGCCAACGAAGUUUCGAAAAAUGAACAACGUGAAGAAUUGUGAUUGUAGCGGAGGUAUAAAAAAAACUUUUACAAAUUUUCCCUGCUCACCCACCAAUUGUAAUUUUUUAGUUUGAAACUGUGAAUUUCUAUUUUUAUAUACUAAUUCCAUUAAGACUUUAUUAGCUAUGUAUUUUUGUAUCUCUUUUUUUCGAAAUAUCUUUUUUAUAUUAAUCUUAAUUAUAUUUUGAAUGUAAUUACAAUUAGAAUCUCCAACUCAAUACCAGAGUCUUCUUAUCUAAGUAUUGUUAAAGUAUUUUUUUCACAAAAUGUAUUCUGUUUUCAAAACAUUCCUAUUUUAAAAGAAAAAACAAUAUACUGUAUUAAAAAUAAAA